UCCUGUGCGUGACCUAGGAAAGGAAUACAGUACUACUAGCCCGCAACUAGCUUUGUCGCAGAAAGUUAGCAUAAGUUGACCGCCCGUGACUAAAAUGUUUACAGCUUUAUAUAGAUAAUGUUAAAAAGUGCUUGCGUCAAGAUGCGGUUAAUGGUUCUCAAGGAUUUCUUCUAGUUCCCAGAAAUGCCUUCUCUAAAAGUGAUUAACUAUCGUGGUUUGAAAUCAUUAUUUUUAAGCUCGUCGGGGUGAGUGACCGUAGUUAAUGGAGCCCUUCGCCCCUAAAUCAUAACUUUAAACUUGAUGUGUUUCUUGGAGAAAUUGCAUUGCCGCUGUCAGUAAAUUCACGAGCUCCGGCGCCUUUAGCUUUAGCAAAAUUAGCAGCUCACUAGCCAGUUGUAGUCAGCUGACAGGCUGACUGAAGUGAGCUGCCGCCGCUGUCAACAGACGAGCACGCGCAAUGGAUGAACUCAAAGUCAAGGACCGCAUUCUGGAAAACAUCUCCUUCUCUGUCAAGAAGUUGCAGAGUUACUUUGCAGCUUGUGAAGAUGAGACCCCAGCCAUCCGGAACCACGACCGCGUUCUGCAGCGGCUCUGUGAACACCUGGACCAUGCGCUCCUGUACGGGCUGCAGGAUAUCUCCUCAGGCUACUGGGUUCUUGUCCUUCACUUCACAAGGAGAGAGGCUGUCCGCCAGAUAGAUGAGCUUCAGAACAUAGCAACAAACCUCGGUCGAAGUCGGGCAUGGUUAUACCUGGCGUUGAGCGAGAGCUCUUUGGAAAGCUACCUACGCCUCUUCCAGGAGAACCAAGUACUACUACAGAAAUAUUACUUCAAGAAUGCAUUGGUCUGCAGUCAUGACCACCUGACGCUGUUCCUCACACUGAUGGCCGGAUUGGAAUUCAUUCGUUUUGAUCUGGAGCUGGAUGUGCCCUAUUUGGACGUGGCCGCUUACAUGCCGGAAUACUACAAACCGCACAACCUGUUGGACUUUGAAGAAAGGCUGCCAAGCUCUGACAGUUUGUCCCUGCACUCCUUCACCUCUCUGACCUCCACCAACCUGGAGUGGGAUGACAGUGCCAUCGCCCCCUCUAGUGAAGAUUAUGAUUUUGGUGACAUCUUCCCCGUGUUGCAGGCAAUGCCAAGUGCAGACUGGGAAGAAGGCGACUUGACUGACCAGGCCAGCUGUCCGAGAUCCAGUGGCUCUGAUCCUUUGACUGUCAUCAGCGACUCGGUGGCCUUAUCUUCCGGCAAUGUCAAGGCGAAGGUGGGCGCUCGUCUAUCGCCGCCCAGGCACAACCCGUUCAAUCAAGACUCUGAUGCCAACACCUCAGCUGACGUCACGCCGGUUCACAUGGCCGCCUUUCACAUUGGCAGCACUGGAGAUGACAUAGAGAGCACCAACAACGAACUGGAAGUCAUUCGGAUGGCAAGACGGAGGAAAGCGAGCAAGAAACGACGAGGGAAGAGCUCCACUGAUUCCAUCAGCUGCAAUCACGAUUCAUUAUCAUCUGAGCACAUAGAAACGGACAGCAUCUUCAACCAUUCAGAAGAUCAGGAUUCUUUCAACUGCACUGUAAUCCACCUGGAUGGGGCGCGAGCAGAGGUGGCAGCGGAACACGAUGAUGAUGGUGAUGAUGCCUUCCUGAGGCUUCCUGAAAUGUUAGAUACCUCCAUGGAUAGCGUUGGCCAACCUCUCCGCGAUGUUAUGGACAGACUUAAUGGGGAGACCCGGGAACAGCCCAAGUCUGAGCAGAGACUAUCAAGUGCGGAGGGACCCGAGCCUCCAGUGCAGCAGCCCUUUCCAGAGGACUCUGAGGCCAAGCCUCCUGACCCAGACUCAAGCCCAGAGCUCCAACAGGCCGCCCAAAACCUACUCUUCCUUACCACCGACGGUCCAGAAGCUGCUGCCCCAGGUAGUGGGAACCAUGACCCUACAGAGCAUCGCCAGUCACAGAUACUUUCAGGUGGCCAUGAAGAUCAAAGAGAGGCAGAAACGAAUGCAGGACGGGAACAAGAUGUAAAGAAAGGAGAGGGAUAUGAUACGGACAAGUGUGAAAUUACAUCUGUACGAGAUGAGAAUCUCAGUCCAAGUGAAAGUUCUCAUCCUGCAGAAUUUAAGGUGGACAACAACCAUUUACUGCUUCUCAUGAUCCAUGUAUUCAGGGAAAAUGAGGAGCAACUUUUCAGGAUGGUGAGGAUGAGCACAGGCCAUAUGGAAGGUGAUCUGCAACCUCUUUAUCUGCUGCUGACUGACUGUUACAUCUACCUACUGAGGAAAGGUGCAGCAGAGAAGCCUUACACAGUGGAAGACGCUGUUUCUUACAAUGAACUUGACUAUCUCUCAGUGGGCCUUGAUCAACAGACAGUGAGCAUAAUUUGCACAAAUAGAAGAAGGAAGUUCCUGUUUGACACAGCUGAUGCCUCCUUGACCUUAUGGUUCUUGUCCAUUCUUAAGACGGCCAUGGUGAAGGGUUGUCGCGAGCCCCCUUAUCCUCCUAUCUUGACCGAUGCUACGAUGGAAAAACUCGCUCUCACCAAGUUUGUCUCGCAGGAAUCUCACUGUGAGGUUUCUGAAGUUUCUAUACAUCUGUAUUCACUGGUCCACUGGGAAGAUCCUAUGGAUGCAUCCAUUCCGAACCUAAAAUCACCUUCCAGUGCAAAGGAAGGUCUGCUGCAGUACCGGGCUGGCUCCACAUACCUGGGAAAAGAGCUAUGGAAAAGCUGCUACCUCGUCCUCAGCAAUGGAAUACUAUACCUUUAUGCUGAAAGGACUGAUGUGACGCCUCUGCUAUCAGUUACUAUGGGGGGAGAAUACUGUGGAGGAUGCCGUCGUUCCAAUGGCACAGAACGUCCGCAUGCCUUUCAAGUCAUUCUGACAGAGCGCCCCCCACUGGAGCUCAGUGCUAACAAUGAACAGGACAUGGCUGACUGGAUGCUGCUGCUCUGCCAGUCUGUUUCCAAAGGAGUCAUCCCCCAAGGUGCAGCCCCUACCACGUGCAUCCCAUGUUGCUUGGUUGUGACGAACAGCAAGCUGCUGACUUGUCAUCAGGAUUGCCAGACCAGCUUUUUCCGCUCGUUGGGCAGUGCCGACAUUUGUGAUGUGAAGGCUGUCAGCCUAGAGGUUGACAUGGAGUACUGUGUCAUUGAGUUUGCUGCGGAUCGUGACCACUUCCUCCCCCCAUGGGUCUUGUACUUCAGUGGGUGUGAGGAGAGAGACAGACUGCUGGAAGUGUUGGACAGCGUGUGGCGAAAUGUCUUCCAGGUGGCGCUCCCCCACAGAGCUGUGUGUGAGCCAUCAGUUAAGAAGCGCUGCAGCGAAGGCCUCGCUUUAAUGAAGAGCGCAUGGCAGCGAGCAGACAGUUUGGCUCGAGGCCGAGCUCAGCGGGAACCUUGGUGCUGACACACACAAAUACGUAUGCACACUAUUACCAGUAAUUGGUUAGCACACUUGUAUAAAGACAAUGGCCUGUUACCAGUGCAGCCAGAUGGAAAUAUUUCAAAUGAGCGCUUGAGAGCUCAUGCAUGUUUCACAUGUGCUUUGCAGUCAUGCACUAGAAAUGGAUGAAAAAACACAAAAGUGCAGUCUGAUACCUGCCAAUAGUCACUGAUUCAUUUUUAGAAGAUGCUUUAUCUCUUGCGUAUCAACACCUAUGUUGUGCCUCAGUAUUAUACAUUACUCACCAAAAGUGCAGAUGUUCGGGUUUUAAAUGAAAGCUGAAGGGCCGUUCAGCAGAUGACUGUCAGUUGUACAAAUUAUAUUGGACAACAGUAUGGUGUGAAUUAAAAGUUUUGAAAAGGUCGUAUUAAUAUCACCUGUAAAUGUUAAAGUGCUUUAAAUUGCUCUAACUUUUAUGAGUAGUGUAUAUUAAGGCACAUCUCAAUAAAAGUUAAAUUUAUUUGUAGUUCAGUUCAAAAAGUUAAAGGGGAAUUAAGACCAAUAUGUCAAAAUUUAGCCGGCACCAUGACGGAGUGGUUAGCAUGUCUGCCUCACAGUUCUGAGAUCAUUGGUUAAAUCCGGCCUUCCUCCGUGGAGUUUUGAUGUUCUCCCCGUGCCUGCAUUGCUUUGCUCCGGGGACUCCGGUUUCCUCCCACAUCCCCCAAAAAUGCGUGUGUUAGGCUGAUUGACCACUCCAUAUUGUCCAUAGGUGUGAGUGAGUGGUUGUUUGUCUCAUUGUGUGAUUGGCGGGCAACCAAUUCAGGGUGUACCCUGCCUACAACUAGUCGUUAGCUGGGAUAGGUUCCAGCACCUCCGCGACGCUCGUGAGGAUAAGCGGCACAGACAAGGAAUGAAUGAAUGUCAAAACAUUAUAUUUUAGAUGAACAUAUCUUCUUGAUUAAAUUCUGUUUACGUUGUGUAAUACAUUUUUUUGUUGUAAAAAAUGUUUGAAACCUUGCUUCUGCAUUUGAUUUGUCUCAUUUCUAAGUCUUUAUACUCUCAUGAGAGUACAAACUUCUUAUGCAGCUUUGUUUACAAAGAAGAACAAACAGAAUUAGCAAGUAUUUGGAAUCAAAUCAUUUUCACCAAAAUUACUAUUCCAUAGGACUUUUUAAGAUUAUGUUUGGGAUACAAAACGAUACAGAACAUCGCAUCAUUGAAGUUCGUAUUACACUUGCAUUGCUCUGAUUGAUGUAAUAUUUCCCAAAACAUUCCUCCGCCACAAAAUCUCGUUUCAUUGAUAAUUUAAUACUCUGUUACUUAAGUAGCAAAAGUCGUGCUCAACUUUUGCAAAGUAUUCUUGUUAAAUUGGGUUUAAUUCCCCUUUGAAGUUAAAUAAAACAUAUACACUCACUAUACAUAGGUAAUCCUGAUCUAUAAUGUUCAUGAAUGAAACUUGAAGCGAAUGAAAAUUGAAUCUCAAGAAAAUUUUCAUUCUGCCAAGUACUUGUAUUUUUCAGUUUCUUAAAGAGGCCACAAACCUAAAUCCUUUUCACUUUUUGAAAUGAACUAUGACAUAUAUUAACUUUUUGACAAUAUUUGAAUUUAUUAAAAUGAGGCGUAUGAAGGUGAAGGCUAUAUACUUUGUGUGUACUGAUGACGAAAGCCCUUAUGCUGCACUUAACAUGAGUAGAUGCUUCAAUUCCGACUUGCACAUUGUUUUCAAAACAUGAAGCAUUUUGCAGGUAAUUAGAUUGCUGCUUCUACCAUUUUGAGUCAGAUUUGGCUUAAUCCGGUAAAAUGAAAUGAUGAUAUGAUCUACUUGCUUUUCAGUUUUUUUCCCAGCAUAACCCAAACCACCAUUGUGCUUUUAUCUUGUAGCAUUUGUUUUAUUGCCAUUAGAAAAACACUGUGGUCAACACAGAAAAUGGUAACCAUUGCAUGUAGUGGACAUAAAAGAGUACACAAAUACCUAUACAACUGACCGUUUUUUGUGCGGAAAAACAAUCCACACUCAAUAUUUCACUUACACAAGCCAUCAUGUCGAGUGCUUUAAAUCUUUUCCAAGUGCCACUUGAUCGCCUUUGCUGCCCUUUUACAAACUAUUCUAAUCUCAGGUGAAAAAGGUACUAAAAAUCCAAAAAUCACUUUUUUUUUCUUGAUUGCUGCUCUUUCAAUUGUAUUCUUUUAAUCUUCAUCUUGUUACGUGGCACACUAAAGUUGUUUGUAUGUACAGAAGGAGCAAAAAGGUCAUGUAUGAUAAUAUGAAGAUUGGCCUCUCGUGUAAUUAAUAAGAUGUACUGUAUAUGCGUUAAAGGCACCUAAAUGUGCUUUAUUUUCAUCACAUGAACACCAAGCAGCCGCAACACUAUUAACAUAUGUAGUUAGCAGUAAUUUACAACUACUAAAAGCUGUCACUAAUAUUUGCUGCACAAGAGACAAACGUAGUAGGGACAGCUCUCUGUAGGAUGCGGUAUAGUUGUACAAGCACAAUAUAAAGACACUGUAUUGUUACCUCAAUUCGUCUCAAAAAGAAUUUGUAAAAAGUGAAUUUAUCAUUUGUAAAGUUGUGGCUGUUCAGUUUAGAUACCUAAAAUCUCUACAGCAAAAUUCUCAAAGUUAGGGAUGUUGUUUUGAUUGACUAGGACUAUUGAGACAGAAAUUAAUGUCAUAGAGAAAUAGAGGUGUGUAAAGGUGGGAAAUAUGCCUACAAUAAGGUGAACAUUGCUGGUCAAUGAUGGAUGACAGUUCAAUCUUUUUUUGUUUGGUGGUUUGUUUUAAAUUAAAAUAUUCUGCUCCAGGUACAAUGUUUUUAAUUUUUCAAGCUCUAUUUUUUGGGAUGUAAAUAGAGCACUAAUGAAAUCGUACAUGCCUGCUUUUUUAAUGUAUUUAAUAUCAUACACGCUGUGCUGACGAUAAGAAAAUAACGUUAUGGAAGAAUAAAAUGACAGAAGAAAGUUGUGUGUAAAUAAUUUGCAUUACAAAUAUCACAAGAAAGGUAUUUUCUCAUGUUUGGACAAACCACGUGAUUUUAAUGCGACAUGAGACAUACAUUUUUGUUUUAAGACAGGAUAAAGACUUCAUGCAAAUAUGCGAGUAUUUUUUCCCCCUAUUUUACUACUUGUUUCUGUUCCAAUACAUGCAGGGCUAUAAGACUGUGACACUGUUUUUUGUUAGAAUAAGCGUGGCAGACUUUACUAAGGCAAAGUUAUGUGGUUGUUUCAACAUAUAACAAGUAAAAUUCUCCCUUUUUGGUUAGACAGUAAACUUCACCUGGGUGUGAAAAUAAACAACUGGAAAUCAUUUUUUGGAAGAAUUGCUCAUUGCCAAACUUCCGUUUGUCGUGAGUUGAGUUCACAGUCCGCACAGUGCUUCAAUCUUAAAUUGUUGUUUUCAAACCAAAGCAAAAUCCCAAAACGCUCAUACAUUAUUUAAGUUGGGUUACAUGCAUCUCAAAGCACCAUGUACACCGGUACUUUUUUUUGCCGACAUUUUUGUUAUUUUUACUUGGACAAGCAUAUAAUGAUAAUUGAGAACAAUCACUAUCAGUGAGGAAAGAGAAUGUUUGGAUCCAUUGACAUGUGUUUUAAGUUUAGCACAGUGGUUUACUGUGUUUAGGGUUAGCAUUCCUGGUUCAAAGAUGCGGAAAAGCCUGCUUCAUUUGUUUUGACAGUGAGCAACAGUUUGAAAAAGUGCUGCCGACAACUAAAAGCAACUGUUUGCCCCUUCCUGUCAUAUCUGGGGACGCACAGGUGAAGCAUAAGGUAGCGUGGCCAGACGUGCCACAAUUGGUCUUUUGAAACAAUCAGGUUGACCAGCUCAUCUGCGUUAAAGGUUAAAAAAAGACGGGAAAUUGUUUUCUGUAAAACAGGACUACUAAACAGAGAUUUUAUUAAAAGCCUAAUAGAACAUAAGAACUGAAUUUGGUCAUUUACCAGAGGCACUUUAGUGUCAGCUAUGUACCGACUUCCGUUUCUUCCAUCAAUUUAGAUGUGCUUGUUUUUCUUAGAGUGACUUGUUAACUAGAAGAGCCGGUUACCAGUUUCAAGGUAUUCCGUGGUAUGAAAAUGUCAAGGUUUCAAAACCGCAAAAAAUUUUCCCUAUGGUAUUAACUAUUUUUUAUGUCCCAAAAAUGCAUGGAGAAAUCUCUCGCUUGCAUCUGCAAGGCUCAACUCUCCCCCACAUGUUGUUGCUCAGUGUCAGUGAGUCAGGAGGAGGUGAAACUCCUUUACCCCCCCCCCCCCCCCCCCAAUCGAAGAAAACGAAAUAGCUGGUAUGGGAAUACCUCAGCUACAGGAAAGUUAUAGACGGCUGCGGCUUAGAGGGGGAGGGCCAACUGACAUGUAAAACAUGUUGGAGGAGGGUGGCUACUGUGGAGGCAAUACCUCCAAUAUGAUUUUGCAUUUAUACAAGAUUAAAGGUUAGUAAACACAGUCAUGAAUGUUUCCCUCCAUCUACGAGAGUUCACUUUAGCGUGUUUAGUGUGUCUGGCGGUGGUAAAACGUAGUGUUUUUUUUUUCCUCUUUGGCAAAUGUCUGUUGAGAAAGUGAGUGAGUGUAUAAAAUAAACAUGAUACGAGUCAUACGUGCUUUUUCUGGAAAAUCAAUUAUUUUUGUUCUGAUGGCAAUAAUGUUGAGCUGUGACUGUGGGUUUAGGCUGAACACCACAACGUCCCAAGUUAUCGGAGGGGGUGCACACUUUUGC